UUAAAUGAGUUGAUUUCAAGUAAUGUGGCAUGCAUCAGUUCGUUUCUAAAAGUAAUGCUGCCCUACUUGCAUAAGGAAUGGGAAUUUCAGAGGCCUUUAAGAAGCCGAAGAUUUAGUUGGCCAACCACUAAUUAUCUAAUUUAUUGCCAGGAACCUCCUCUUCCCAAUAAGCUUUGCAUGAUCAAGUGAUUUCGGCUGUGCAUUUCCAUCUUUCACUCAACUCAAGUUCAUUAUGGGAGACUUGGAACUCCCCCCUAAGAUAGAUACUGAUGUAAAUGCAGUUUCAAAAAUAAACCAGCCUGAGUCAAUCUCAAGCCAAAAAGAGAUUGUUUCGUUGGUUGGACUCUUUGCUGCAGCUGAUACUAAGGACUAUAUAUUGAUGUUCUUUGGAAGUGUUGGAUCAUGUGUUCAUGGUGCUGCGCUUCCUGUCUUCUUCAUUUUGUUUGGUCGUAUGAUUGACUUGCUAGGACAUAUGUCUUCAGAUCCUCAUCGAUUAUCUUUGGAGGUUUCCAAGCAUGCUUUGUACCUAGUUUAUCUUGGACUAGUAGUGCUUGUAUCAGCCUGGAUUGGUGUCGCGUGUUGGACACAAACUGGAGAAAGACAGACAGCUCGUCUGCGGUUCAAGUAUCUUCGAUCAGUCUUGAGGAAGGAUAUAACAUUUUUUGACACUGAAGCAAGAGAUAAAAAUUUAGUUUUUCGCAUAUCAAGUGACGCCAUACUGGUACAGGAUGCUAUCGGUGACAAGAUAGGCCACAGCAUACGAUAUCUUUCCCAAUUCAUGUUAGGAUUUAUUCUAGGGUUCAUAUCAGUUUGGAAACUCACUCUUGUCACCUUGGCCGUUGUUCCGCUAAUAGCUGUUGCUGGAGGAGGCUAUACAGUUAUAAUGUCUACGUUGUCAGAGAAAAGUGAAGCUGCUUAUGCCGAAGCAGGAAAAAUUGCAGAAGAGUUUAUCUCCCAAGUUCGUACCGUAUACUCUUUUGUGGGUGAGGAUCAAGCAGUUGAAGCAUACUCUAGAUCACUUAAAAAUGCUCUUAAACUGGGAAAGAAGGGCGGAGUGGCUAAAGGCAUUGGUGUGGGUUUUACAUAUGGCCUUCUGUUUUGUUCUUGGGCAUUACUCCUCUGGUACGCCAGUAUACUUGUCAGGCAUCGAGAAACAAAUGGUGGCAAUGCAUUUACAACAAUUAUCAAUGUCAUCUUCAGUGGAUUUGCUCUUGGUCAGGCUGCUCCAAAUCUUGCCGCCAUUGCUAAAGGUCGAGCCGCUGCCUCAAACAUGAUAAGCAUGAUUGAAGAAGACCUUGACCCUUCAAGAAGAUCAGAAAAAGGGAUGGUGUUGCCAAAAGUUGAUGGACAGAUUGAAUUUUCUGAGGUCUGUUUCACUUAUCCAUCUCGGGCUGGAAUGGUGUUUGAGAAUCUAAGUUUUUCCUUAACUGCUGGGAAAACUUUUGCAUUUGUUGGUCCUAGUGGUUCAGGCAAAAGUACUAUCAUUUCGAUGAUACAACGUUUCUAUGAUCCUUGUUCAGGCAAAAUACUGCUAGACAGACAUGAUCUGAAGGAUAUCCAGUUGAAAUGGUUGAGAGAACAAAUGGGUUUGGUUAGUCAAGAACCAACACUUUUUGCCACCACUAUAGCUCUCAAUAUCCUAUAUGGUAAAGAAGGUGCUGAUAUGGAUAACAUAAUUGAAGCAGCCAAAGCUGCCAAUGCACACUCUUUUAUUCAGGGAUUGCCUGAUGGCUAUCAAACUCAGGCAGGAGAAGGAGGAACUCAGCUGUCUGGUGGGCAAAAACAAAGAAUCGCAAUUGCAAGAGCAAUGCUUAGGAACCCAAAAAUAUUGCUUCUUGAUGAGGCAACAAGUGCACUAGAUGCAGAAUCAGAACUCGUAGUUCAGCAGGCACUAUACAAAGUUAUGUCCGGACGGACAGCCAUUAUUGUUGCACAUAGAUUAUCUACUAUUCGAAGUGUUGAUCGGAUCCUUGUCCUGAAGAAUGGCCAAAUAAUUGAGCAGGGAAAUCACUCGGAGCUAGUGUCUAAAGGUGGAGAAUAUGCAGCUCUCGUGAGGCUUCAAGUUGCUGACAAUCUGAAAGAUUCAGUUACAACUGAUGAAGUUGAAAUAUCUGCAGUUUCUGGUUUGAAGGACCUCACUGAUAAUCAUAGCAACAAACACGGGACUAGUUUAAUGAAAUUGAAGGAGAUUCAGCCAGCUGAAGACAAGCUAACAUCACCGGCCUCUGCUUCAACUUCUUCAGUUUGGGAACUUGUUAAACUUAAUGCACCAGAGUGGCCUUAUGCUGUACUUGGCUCAGUUGGUGCAAUUUUAGCCGGUAUGUCAGCUCCGCUAUUUGCUUUCGGAAUCACAUAUAUAUUGACUGCAUUCUACUCCUAUGACAGUCACCAUAUUAAACAAGAAAUUGAGUGGGUUUCAUUAAUAUUUGUUGGAGGAGCUAUUUUGUGUAUUCCCGUUUAUUGGUUGCAACACUAUUUUUAUACCUUAAUGGGGGAGCGGCUUACAAUGAGAGUUCGCCUGUUGAUGUUUACAGCUAUCCUUUCCAAUGAGGUUGGUUGGUUUGAUUCAGAUGAAAAUAGUACUGGUUCAUUGACAUCAAAGUUGGCAGCAAAUGCAACAUUAGUGCGAACUUCACUGGCUGACCGUCUCUCCACAGUUGUGCAAAACGUGGCGCUAAUGGCGACUGCAUUUGUCAUUGCCUUCACCUUGAGUUGGCGCAUAUCUUCUGUUGUCAUUGCUACCUUUCCCCUUCUGGUUGGAGCUUCCAUUGCUGAGCAAUUAUUUCUAAAAGGAUUUGGAGGAGAUUACAACCGUUCAUACUCACGCGCAACUGCUGUGGCAUGUGAAGCUAUUGCCAAUAUCCGUACUGUUGCUGCAUUCGGUGCUGAAGAUCAAAUGGCUCUCCAAUAUUCAUCUGAACUUAAGGAACCAAGCAAACAGGCGCUCUUACGUGGCCAUAUAUCAGGUUUUGGCUAUGGCGUGACACAGCUCUUUGCAUUUUGUUCCUAUGCGCUUGGUCUCUGGUAUGCAUCAGUUUUAAUGAAGGAUAAGAACUCAAACUUCGGAGACUUGAUCAAGUGUUUCAUGAUAUUGAUAAUCACUGCAUUGUCAGUGGCAGAAACACUUGCUCUGGCCCCUGACAUUGUCAAGGGUUCUCAAGCUUUAGGCUCGGUUUUUGAAAUUCUUUACAGGAAAUCAGCCAUAAACUCCAAUUCCCCCGAUUCAAUGCUAUUGACCAGCAUAAAAGGAGAUAUAGAAUUUAAGAACGUAAGUUUCAAGUACCCUGCUAGACCUGAUAUCACCAUUUUUGAUGGCUUGAAUUUACAAGUUUAUUCAGGAAAGAGUCUUGCUAUCGUGGGCCAAAGCGGAUCAGGAAAAAGUACAGUGAUUCAACUCUUGAUGAGAUUUUACGACCCCUCUUCAGGAACAGUUUCCAUCGAUGGAGUUGAUAUCAAGACCUUCAACUUAAAAUCACUGAGGCUAAAGAUAGGCCUGGUGCAGCAAGAACCAGCCUUGUUCUCUACAACGAUAUACGACAACAUCAAAUAUGGGAACAAAAAUGCAUCCGAAAUUGAGAUAAUGAAAGCUGCAAAAGCAGCCAAUGCCCACGGCUUUAUAAGUAGAAUGCCAGAAGGAUACCAAACUCAAGUUGGUGAAAAAGGAGUGCAAUUAUCAGGGGGACAGAAACAGCGAGUGGCAAUUGCAAGAGCAAUACUAAAAAACCCCACAAUACUUCUACUGGAUGAAGCUACAAGUGCUUUGGACACAGCAUCUGAAAGCCAAGUGCAAGAAGCUCUUGAUAAGCUAAUGGUGGGAAGGACUACAGUUCUCGUGGCUCAUCGAUUGUCAACUAUUCGAGAUGCAGACAGCAUUGCAGUGCUGCAAAAUGGAAAGGUGGUUGAGACUGGUACACAUGAGCAGCUCAUUUGUAGUCCUCAGAGUUUCUAUACACAGUUAGUAAAUCUGCAGCAAGGAUAGGCAUAUGGUAUACAUCAUACAAAGUCAUUGAUCACUCAGUCUGCUGGACCAUAACCUCAAAAUUGUGUGCAACAGCCUUGUUAUAAAAGCCACAAUGUCAUGUUUGUGAUCAGACACAAUGAAACUUGAUAAGAAUUUAUAUUU